AAAUUUGGUGGUUAUUGCCACCUCUACCAGAGUCUGCUCCAUUGAUUCCGUCCCCAGUCCGCCCCCUUAUUCCUCCAAUCGAUAUUUGCGUCAUCUCUGUAGCUCCGUUUCUAGAGGGACAAAGCGAGCUAUUGCCGUCUUCUGGGAAGAAGAAUGGUGUUGUCUUGGUGCCGGAUGAAGCAAGCACAGCUGAGAGCUUUGUCAAGUCAGUUCAGACAUUGCUAUUUUCAAAUUCAUGGGCCCUCUUUGGUUAUCCGGGAAGCUAGCAUUGGUGCUGUGACUAGUCCAAGUAUGGCUAUUCAUAAAACAGGAUCCGAGCUUGGCAACUAUGUGCGAUACUAUGCCGCUCCUGUUCAGGUCAAGCCGAAGUAUGAAGAAAAGGAUAAGGAUAAGGGGCGUCCACGAAUGAAUGAGCAAAUAUCUGCCCAAUAUGUUAGACUUGUGACCGAUGAAGGACAUGGUGUAGUGUCAAGGCAUGAAGCAUUGGAUCGUGCAAGGAGACUCGGUAUUGAUUUAGUUGAGGUUCAAGCAGAUGCUAACCCACCUGUUUGCAAACUCAUGGACUAUAACAAAGAAAUAUACGCAAGACAAGCAAAGGAAAAAGAACUAACAAAAAAGAAGUCUGACGUGGUUUUACGUAAAGGAUCUAUGAAAGAAGUGCGAAUUACUUGUAAAAUCGAUGGGCAUGAUUUGCAAACAAAAGCAGAUGGUGUUAGGCGAUUAACUGAGCGUGGUCAUCGGGUCAAGUGUAUGGCAGUGGGUACUGCAGAUCAGGACUUGGGAGGACUGCUAACACGUUUCGCUGCUUUGGUUGAUGAAUUUACCCUUGUGGAAAGUGGGCCUAGAGUAGAGGCAAAACAAGCAUACAUUGUUGUCCGACAUGUCAAGUUUGGGCCAUUAAAGAAAGGGCCGGGCAAAAAGAAGGUUGCAGCAAUGUUAAAUGAAAAAGUGGAGCAAAACUUGGAUGAAUCUGGUUCUGAGGAGGAUAUGUCUUGUGAGGAGGCAUUUGAAGUAGAUUCACCUCCAGAAACAUCAAAUAUGGAUACAACUUUAUCAGAAAACAGGUAUGCAUCCAAAAGGCAAACAAAUGCUUCUGCUCCUGGACCAGAUAACAGGUAUGCAGCCACAAGACCAACAAAUGGAUCAGAAAACAGGUAUGCAACCACGAGGCCGACAAAUGUUUCUGGUUCUGGAUCAGAUAACCGAUAUGCAGCCACAAAUGCUUCUGGUCCUGGAUCAGAGAACAGAUAUGCAGCCAUGAGGCCCGUGAAUGCUUCAGAUCCUGGUAUGAGAAGAAGGUUUGAACCUGAAAGUCAAAACCCUGGUAGCAGUCGGCAAUUUGGUCAAAGUGAACCCAACAAUGAUCCUCGGAGAGAGAAUAGGUACAAGAAAGGACCAACAUCGCCUUCAGAUUACCACGUCAAUAAGGGUGGGCGAGGAGAUUUUAGUCGAGAAAACGCUAAUUUGAACCCUGGUGGCAUCAGAGAUGGUUUUCGAAGAUGAAUACUAACACAAUUUUACUAGGAGCAAUUUUGUGGUUUUGAAAUUCUUUAUAUGAAAUGGUAUUUAGUUUAUUGUUGUACACUAACACUAUGGUGGUCCAUUAGAGCAACAGAUUGAAAUACUGGAUUAAUAUAAUAUAAUGAUCACACUUCAUAGGUUGACUGGUUUUCUUGCUGUGAACUUGUGUUUUUUAUGGCUCUAGGUGUUUUCGUUGGGAAAGAAAUCGGGUCUUUAACAAGAUUUUUUAUAAAAUAUUU